AUGACGAUGCCAGAACAAAAGCGACAAACGGAUGUUCGUUGCUAUGAAACCAAACACGUAAAUGGUUUCCCCUUUUUCAUCGCUGCAAAACAGCAGAAGUCUUUAGUUGGACAGAAUAUUACAAUAUAUAACAUAAAAAAAGUACAUCAAAGGCCUACUUUCAACCGCAGACUGAUCAAGAUAAAAACUCCGUGGUGUUGUCAAGAAGUCUGCCAGCUAUUUCAUCAAAAUAUAAACAAGAAUAUGGGAUGCGGAUCUUCGUCGAGUCGCCACAGAGAUAAAUUUAAGGCCUCCGUAUUUCCACUCACUACGGCUCAAAAGUACCUGGUACGCGAGACCUGGGAAACAAUCGAAAUCCAUAAGAGUUCUGUUGGGAAGAAGACUUUUAUCAAAUUCUUUGAAAAUAAUCCUGAAUAUCAGCGACUUUUUCCGGAAUUUAAAGAUGUACCUCCCUCUGAGCUCGCAAAGACAAAUGCCUUAUAUGGUCAUGCAAAAAGAGUGAUGAAAGCGGUGGAGAAUGCCGUCUCUGCAUUGGAUGAUUCUGAGAGUUUUAGCGCGUAUUUGGAAGAAUUAGGACGCAGACAUAAAACACGUUUCUUGAAACCAACAUAUCUUGACUCCAUGCAGGAGGCCCUGAUGUUUGUUCUUAAAGAUCUUCUCAAGUCUAGUUGGACUGAGGAAACUGCAGAUGCCUGGAACAAGUUAUUCCAGUUCAUCACAGAACACAUGGUUUACGGCUUACAGUCGUGAUACACAAGAAAAAGUUACAGAGAGACUGAACUCUUAUUUCCCCUCGAAGGCAAUGACCAUCUAGUUUAGAAGCGGGUGGGGUGGGAUACUAAAACAGCGAACUCCGAAGCAAGAGGAAAGGUUUAUGACAAAGAAAAAAAUAUUCUCGAGCCUAGUUUUCCCGCGGCGUAAAGUUAGAAUAAAAAGCAUACGGUCUGGGUUCGAGUUAAGUGAAAGCAUACCAAUUAGACACAAAAUCGUGAACAUUAUAUUUGAAGCACAGAAAAAUUGCGCAAACCUCCUCUUCGUCUUCUUUGAAUAAGAUUAUGGCUCUUACUGUAAUGAAAUUACAAAGGAGCCAGUCUGGCAGUCGCUGGUAUAUUGAAAACUUUUGCUAGUCAAAGUUUCAAGCACGAAAUAUUUAUCGUCAUGUUAACUAAGCAAAGAUUUCUGUAAAACUAGCCAAAUGAGUCACCUUCAGAGGGAAAAUUAACCAACUUUUCCCCGUGCACACAUCAUGAACGUCAACUAAAGCUACAUUUAAGGUCAAUGAGAAAUUUGAAAAGAAAAUGCGAAAACUUAUUUCCAUCAAGUUCUAAGCAUAAAUGCUAGUUUCUUGAAGCCGUUUCUAAUACAAACGGAUUGCGUGGUAGGUUAGGGUUGAACUGCCCAGAGGUACCAUUUGUAGCCACUACGACUGUCAUGCAUUGAACUUGAAUUGUCGCUUAGUCCUAAUCGCCAGGUGACACGUGAAUAACAGAUUGUCUUCUCAAGGUGAGCUCUUCGCGGUUUUUGUCUGUUCAA